AUGGCCAACCUUUCAGCCAGAUGGACUCGGCUAGCCUCAAGUGAGCGACUCGGACGCUCAUCCCAAUCGUUUUCCGUGUUACACUCUCAGGCAUGGGUCUUUGGCGGAGAGUUGCUCCCCCGAGAACCAGUAGACAAUCGACUUGACCUCAUCGAGCUUAGAUCUACCGCCGCCAUUACCCUUGAGGCACCUACAGAAGCGCCGACUCCCCGCGUGGGCGUAGCUAGCGUUGCCGUUAAGGAGGCGCUGUAUCUGUUUUCCGGGCGAGGCGGCCUCGCUAUGGCGCCUAUUGAGGAGAAAGGCGCGCUCUGGCGCUACACACCGAAGCAGCUUCUCUGGGAACUCAUCGAGCCCGCAGAUUCCUCUGCACCGUACCCCGCCGCUCGCAGCUAUCACUCCAUGACCUCGGAUGGCAACGAUAACAUCUACGUUCACGCCGGGUGCCCUGAAAAGGGCCGUCUAUCCGACCUCUGGUCGUUUAAUGUUCCGUCAAAAACCUGGACCGAGUUACCGUCUGCCCCGCCACCUGCCCGCGGAGGGACGUCAAUUACCUUCAGUAACGGGAGGCUGUACCGCAUGAAUGGCUUUGACGGCGAGAGCGAGCAGGGUGGUGCAAUUGAUGUCUUUGACCUUGCAGUUCAUAACUGGUCAACGAUUUCUUUCACACCCGACGGUAUCCACGGACCCGAACCACGGAGCGUCAGCGCACUUGUCGCGGUGAAGGUGAAGGGGAAAGACUUUCUUCUGACUAUGUUCGGGGAGCGCGACCCAAGCUCCCUAGGCCAUGCCGGCGCGGGGAAAAUGCUGGCAGAUGUAUGGGCUUUUGACCUCGAGCGCAAGGAGUGGGCAAAGGUUGAGCCAAAAGAUGACACUCCACUUCCGAGAGGUUGGUUUGGCGCAGACGUGAUGGUUGCCGAUAAUGGAGAGUAUGCUACCAUUAUCCAUGGCGGUCUUGCGGAGGAUAACUCGAGGCUUAGAGAUGUAUGGAAACUGCAAUUUGAGUAG